AUGUUCACCAGGAACGAAACGGUGAACACGUCGGUCACACAUGGAUUCGAAGAUCUUAUCACCUAUCACAUCGUCAACACUUCACUUGGAGCUAUUUCCACAUUGGUCAACACACUUCUUAUCAUCAUUUUCCUCAGUUAUAGGCCAUUCAGAACACGAUAUGUGCUUCUCAUCCUUCUCAACAUUGGAGACCUCAUCAACAGUAUGGCUAUCGUUCUGACAGGAUUAAAUCGAAUCGAAUUAUACUCGACUGCAAUUCGUACCAUGACCCUUCCAGUUCGUACUUCGGUCGAGUGUGCCAUCGAACCAUGGCUUAUAUUAAAACUCAUCGGAGAUAUUCUGAUUCCUGUAUCAACAUUUUGGAUGGGUGUUGAACGACUUGUUGCGAUUCUCUUCCCUAUUUUCUACAGAUUUUCCGUCGACGGAAAAGCAGUAAAAUAUCUUGUUGUUCCUGGAAUCAGUCUUCUUUUUGUGUUCUGCUCGAUUUGUGUGGCUUUCUACUUGGCGUUCACUGAAAACCAUCUCACAAGCUUCUAUUGUGGUCGGAAAGCGGCGUUCGGAGAAGGAUUUGGAACAUUCAUCUACUGCUGUAACAUCACUUGCAACGUGGCAAGUACCAUAUUCGCCACAGCUGCUUACUUCAAAGCCCUGAAUCUUUCCAAGACUCAGCCGAGAAUGCAGAGACAAGUUAAUGUGAUUCGCUAUUAUCUACUCAUUUCCGUCCUCUCAACUUUGCUUGUAUCGCUUCCAAAUACGAUUGCCUUAUUCCAGUUGUAUGUUGAAAAAGUGAGUGACAGUCUGUCAAAACCGGCGUACUGGAUGCAAACGAUUAACAGUGGUAUUCAUUUCUUUGUGUACUUGGCAUUGAACAAAGAAUUCCGAGCGAGAACAUUUCGAAUGUUCAAAAUGGUUCAUUCCGAAGAGAUGUCGUUGUCGAUAUUUAUGGGUCGAAGGCACAAAAAACGAUUUGGAGGCGGAGUCAAUAUAUAUUGGCAAGAUGCCAAUAGACUUUGCUUCUUCCCGCAAACCAGUAAAACCCAUCACGGAUCAUUGGAGGACACUCCCGACGGUCACUUCUUAUUCGCUUUUCACUUUUUUAGUUCUUUCCUCGGUUUUUUAUUGUUUCUCCAGAAGUUUAGAAUCUCCCCCAAUUGUUUCACCUUCAGACAAAGUUUUUUCAUACUUCUGAACAUAAAUCCACUUGGAUUGUUUGCUGGUUGUGUCUUGCCCCACGUAACACUAAAGUGUUCAUUUACUAUUUGGUAUUCAAAAGAAUACACUCUAUUCGCGGCCUUGUUUGAAAGCGUGUGUGAUAAUGUUGAUUGGAUUUAA